AUGGAAGACUACCCUAAAAUAGACUACGUUAUGGAGAGAGAAGGACUACAUAAAGUCUGCAAGUAUUCACUAGCAAAAGGCUAGCACGACCCAGAAAACCCUCAUAGACACGAGGUUAGAGACAGAACAAAGCAAAUUAAGGACGAUAUUACAGAUGUUAUAGGCAAUACUCCCUUAGUCAGAAUUAAUAACAUCACAAAAAAAGAUGUGGCUAAGUGUGAAUUCUUAAACCCAGGCGGCUCAGUGAAGGAUAGAAUUGGAAGAAGAAUGAUUGUUGACGCUGAAUUAGAGGGAAGACUACAGAAAGGAGAUAUCUUAAUUGAGCCAACUAGUGGCAAUACUGGAAUCGGCCUCGCAAUGACUGCAGCAGUUAAGGGAUACAGAAUGAUCAUUACUCUUCCUGAAAAAAUGUCGCAAGAAAAGCAAGAUGCACUUAAGGCAUUAGGAGCUACAGUCGUUAGAACCCCUACCGAGAUGCAAUUCGACAAUGUUGGAUCUCAUGUUGGAGUAGCCAUUGAACUCAACAAAAAAUUAGAGAGAUCUCACAUCUUAGAUUAGUACAAGAACCCAGCUAACCCAUUAGUUCAUUAUGAUGAAACAGCUUAAGAGAUUUAUGAUUAAUGCGGUGGAAAGGUAGACUAUGUUGUGGUUAGUGCUGGAACUGGUGGUACUUUGACUGGUAUUUCAAGAAAACUCAAGGAAUUAGAUCCAAAUAUCUAAAUCAUUGGAGUUGAUCCAGAUGGAUCAAUUUUAGCUGAACCAGCUGAGCUUAAUGCAAGUGGAAUUCAUUCCUACAAAGUUGAGGGUAUUGGUUAUGAUUUCCUCCCAAGAGUACUUGAUAGAUAGUAUACUGACAAGUGGGUCAAAGUUGAUGACCCAGAGGCUUUCUACUAUGCAAGAAGAUUGAUUGCAGAAGAAGGAAUGUUUGUAGGUGGUUCUUCAGGUACAGCAAUGGCCGCAGCAAUGAAGAUCAUCAAGGAGCUAGAUAUUGGAGAAGGAAAGAGAGUAGUUGUUCUCUUGCCAGAUUCAAUAAGAAACUAUAUGACUAAGUUUAUUAGCAAUGAUUGGAUGUAUGAGAAUGGAUUCAUUACAGAGGAUGAAUGCAUUAAGUUGAACACUUCAGAUCUAGUCGAUAAUAAAGACUGGGGUUAAGAGUUCACAGUCAAGGAUCUUUAACUCCAUGAGGCUCAUUUCUUAAGCUCUGACUUGACUGUUAAGGCUGCUAUUGACGAAAUCUAGAAGUAUAACUUUGAUCAGUUCCCAGUUAAGAGUGCUGAGUCAGGAGAUAUUAUUGGAUGCAUCACCUCAACUCACUUAUCCACCAGACUUAUUAAGAGAAAGUGCAAUCUAGAUGAUUAAAUUGAAAAGAAUGUUAUUAAGGAGUACAGAAAUGUAUCUUCAGGCAUUUCCCUUAAUGAGCUCGGCAGAGUGUUCACCAGACACAACUUUGCCUUUGUCGACCACAAAUAUAUCGUAUCAAGUUUUGACUUGCUCAACUUCAUUAAGGAAAAGUAUUGA